UGGAAGGGCUCAGAGCGAGGUCCACACGUUAAUCAUUACCUGGAGGCGGCCCGAUCGCGGCCCCGCCCCGGGGUGGUCACCCGCGCGCCAGGCAGCGUUCGCCCUCUGCGCCGCCACCUGCUGCCCGCGCCCGGACAUGGCUGGCAAAGCACACAGGCUGAGUGCCGAGGAGCGGGACCAGCUGCUGCCCAACCUGAGGGCCGUGGGGUGGAAUGAGCUGGAAGGCCGAGAUGCCAUCUUCAAGCAGUUCCAUUUCAAAGACUUCAACAGGGCUUUUGGCUUCAUGACGAGAGUGGCGCUGCAGGCUGAGAAGUUGGACCACCACCCUGAGUGGUUCAACGUGUACAACAAGGUCCAGAUCACCCUGAGCACCCAUGAGUGCGCAGGCCUCUCAGAACGGGACAUAAACCUGGCCAGCUUCAUCGAGCAAGUAGCCGUGUCCAUGACAUAGACCCUGCUCGGCUCUGCAUGCCCAGGAAGGUGGUGUGUGGGGGGGGGAUUGAAUGGGAACCUUGGGAGGGAAGAGGGAGCCCCUGGACCUACACUCUUAUAGCAAGCAGCUGCCACAGUGGUGGAUUCACAUCGCUGUGCAGGAAGAUGCCAGCUUCCCUGCCAACACCAACAGUGACCUUGACCGGCAAGCACCCUACUCCUUGAGGCUGUUGUCACUGAUUUGAAUAAGCUCUCCCUGUCUGUGCAACCCCCCAGCAACAGUAAUGCCCCUCCUAAGCUUUCUCCAUUUUCCAAAAAGCUGAUAGUGGGAAAUAAAAGUCCUCAGACCCUC